GUGUUGUACCCAUGGUCCUCUUCGUUAAUCAUUAGCUGAUCUGGAGACAGCAAGUGGGGAGCAGAAGGUUUUAUUUUCCCAAGUGCCACAAGCCACUCUGCCACUCAGAGAGCCACCCAGAGCCACUCCAGGACGGACUGUGUCACCCAAGAGAUCCAGUAUGCAUCGCACCCUCUGCCUACUCCUUCUGGCUGGAUACCUGCUGCUUUCUCACUGUGAGCCAGCCCAAGAGUCCGACAACACAUCCAACCAGACCUUUACAGAGUCCUCACAGUUGAAUGUCUCCAGCUACCAGAUCAUUGCCCCUGGCAAUGCCGACUUUGCGUUCCGUCUCUACCACCUGGUGGCCGCCCAAAACUCUGAGAAGAACAUCUUCUUCUCCCCACUCAGCAUCUCCAUCUCCUUGGCCAUGCUGUCCACAGGGGCUGGUGGGGACACCCAGACCCAGAUCCUUGAAGGCCUGGGCUUCAACCUCACCGAGCUGUCACAGCCUGAAAUCCAUGAGGGCUUCAGGCUCAUGCAGGGCAUGAUAAGUCGUCCAUCUCCUGAGAUGGACAUCUCUGUAGGCAACGCGCUGAUCCUUAGCCAGGACCUGCAGCCUCUCCCUGAGUUUGUCAGCACCACGGAAGCCUCCUAUAACAGCAAAGUCUUACUCGGUAACUUCGGAGACACGAAGGCUACGAUCCAGCUCAUCAACAACUAUGUCAAGGAGAAAACCCGUGGAAAGAUCAAGGAUUUGAUCAAAGACCUGAGCCCCAGCGUAAGGAUGGUUCUGGUGAAUUUUGUCUUCUUCCGAGGUCUGUGGAAGAAACCUUUCUCUUCCGAAAAAGUCACUGUGAGUAACUUCUACGUGGAUGAGAAGACGGUCGUGCAGGUCCCCAUGAUGCUGCAAGCUGACGAGGAACACUGGUUUCUGGAUGACAGACGUGUGCCCUGCACGGUUCUGCGGAUGGAAUACAAAGGCGAUGGCGCCACAGCGUUUUUCAUCCUUCCUCAGAAGGGCAAGAUGGAGGAGGUGGAGCACAUGCUGUCCCCAGGCAUGCUGGCAAGGUGGAACCACUUGCUUCAGAAUAGGAACUUUUACAGAAAGCUUACACUGCACUUCCCCAAAUUCUCCAUUGCAAAUUCCUACUCAUUAGAAGAGAUUUUGCCCUACCUGGGUUUCCAGGACCUGUUCACCCAGCACGCUGACUUCUCGCGCAUCAACGAAGAGGAGAAAUUGCAGCUAUCCCAAGUUUUCCACAAGGCCACCCUGGAUGUGAAUGAAGUUGGCACGGAGGCUGCGGCAGCCACUGGUACCUCUGCCAUGUUUAUGUCUGCCAAGCACAAGAGACACAUCCUUGUAUUCAACCGGCCAUUCUUCGCAGUGAUAUAUUCCACCAGCACCAAGAAUAUCCUCUUCAUGGGGAAGGUGUUCAACCCCACAGCAUAGCUGUCCCAGGACUAGCUGGUCUGCCCCCAGCAAGAGGAUGUGGCUUGGGAGGGCUCAGGAUGAACAUCCAUCCAUAACUGAGGGCAGGGAAGGGUCCCGCCCUCCAAAGAGGAGCCAAUGGUACAAGAAAGGGCAGGGCAAGAUGAGCUAGAAAGAGAGAGAGGCCCUCCUGGGGGUGGGGCUCAGACUCAUUAAACCAAUGACAGCUCUGAAACCCUGGUGUGUGUGUGUGUGUGUGUGUGUGUGUGUGUGUGUGUGUGUGUGGUGCUUCACAUGUAGCAGACACAGACAUGGCUUUUGCCUGUCCCUCCGGGCCUUACCCUUAGCAAACCUGGCCCCAGACAAUGGAAUACAAGGUGCUCAAGUCCCAUAUGGCUGCCCAGGCAUGUAGAGAAAAGAAGUCAGCUGACUGAGUGCAGUUAGUGUUUCCUUUCCAGAAGAGUGACUGAGAACCUUUGGUUGGAAGACUCCCAACAGAAGCAGCCUGAGCUGCUUAGACCCUGGCCUAGUGUUCUUGUUACCUUUGCCUCUUUGUGACAAUGUCUACCAGAAGCAGCUUGAUUUAAUCCUUGAAGAAAGGAUUUAGAUUGGUUUGCUGUUUCAGAGGGCUCUGUCUACAAUGGUAGAGAAAGCCUGGCAACAACCUCAGUUCGUGGUGAUGGUGGGGUGAUGGAGGAGGUUGCUCGUAUCAUGGUGGACCAGAAAACAGACAAAGUUCUGAGGCCAGGACCAAGGGUUGGAUCCAAUUUUCAAAAGCCCACCCCCCAGAGAUUCACUUCAACAGACAAGUUAGAUAAGUUAACCCCCAACUGUUAGACAUCCCACAGCCUCAUAAGAUAGUGCUGCCAGCUGGGAAAUGUGUUCAAAUCAUAGCCCGUGGGGACGCUUCAGUUCCUACCACAAUAUCCAAUGAGGAAGGCUCAGAGGGGUAUGACGCCUGUGGCCUGAGAUAUGGCUAGUGCCACUCCUAGCAUAGACAGCUGUGGCCAGCAGCAUGCUGCGGGAACAUGAAACUAGAGCCAGGAGAAGCAUUGUUAAUGUAUUGACCCUGCUGCUGAUGUGGGCCAGGAUUUCAAGAGAAUCCUUCCCUUCCCUCUUGGAGAGGCUCAGUUUCUCCGGGAGAGUGAUGUAUUAUACCCCUCUGCCCUUGACCUAGCUCAGAUCAUUUCAAAAGUAGUGAAAGCUCUCCAAGGAGGGUCGCUUCUAGAAUCUGGGUGAACAAAACUACCCGUGGAGGAGACAGGCUGGCAGGAACUGGUUUUGUUUGCAGCAAACCUCUGAUUUCCAGCAGAUGCCUUCUCUAGGCCACACCCUGGGGACUCACAGGGGCUAGGGUGCCUAGCACCAGGCUGAGAUCCAACAUGGCCUCUCUGAUCCAACAUGGUCAACAUGGAGUCCCAGGACAGUGAGAGCUGAGAACAGUGCAGCCAAGAGGGAGCCUCAGCCAAGAGGGGGCCUUACUCGUUCUCUAGAUCCAGAUCACUCCCUGCUUUUAUGUCCAGGGUGAGAACUCCCAUAAUGCUUUGCCUCCAGCUGUUUAUACUUCAUCUAUAAGCUAGGUGGCUCGUUUUACUCCCGUUGCAUUGUCAGCGUCACAAAUUGUGGUUUUAGUUCUGCUUCUCUGGACCUCAGUACCCUCACCGAUGAGAUGGGACAAGUUUAGGUAGCUGCCUCUGCUACAUGGAAUCACACUUCCUAUGUGUGGGAAACCUUAAAUUGGGACUAUGCAUCCACCAGCCCUGUUUCUCUUUCCAUGAGCCCCACAUCCCAGACACCCAGUGCUGCUCAUGCCACCUCUGAGCUUCAGUUUGUCCCUACCCAGGUCAACUCCCCUUAUGCAUCCCAGGUAAGUUUCUUUUGGACAUACUUGCUAUUCAGACAUGAACACAACAUCCCAAUAUGGGGGUAGGUCUGAGCCUGAGGACAUUUUCUUGGCCCUUCUCUUCCUAUUACCAAUUCUUUUCCUGAUUGCGCUUCCAGAAGGUUCUAGAUCAGCAAUCAGCUCCACACCUCUCCCCUUUAUCUCUGUAGGUCAAACUGAGGAAGAACCUCUCCUCACAGUUUGUUCAGGGUGGAAAUUGGGGCUAUGGCCAAAUCAAGGCAUUUUUCCAGACUUCCAGAUUAGGAGGCCACCGACCACACCCACUCUGAGGGACUUCAUGAUGUCCAGAGCACUUAGAGAUGGAUCUGAAAAUUCAGCCCAUGGCUGGAGAACAGGACCCAGGGUCCCUGACCCUCGUCUGUAGCAUACAUGAAGCACCAUAUCACAAAGACAGAGUGGUCAUUGGUGGCCCAGGAGAGCAAGUUGUAGAGCUCCCUCCAGCUAACACCCAUUCAAAACUCAGGGUACACCAGGGACUGCAAAGCCACAAAUCCAGUAACAGGCUGGUUGCAAGGAAACCAAGGCAAAGAGCAAGGAAUAACCCUUCAGCUCACAAUAUAAAAUGUUGCUAAAGGAAGUGGCUAGGGCAGGACCAAGGUGGCUGUUCCCCACUCAGGCCUCCAAAGCACAGCUUCCAAGUCAGCCUCAGGAGAACAAGGACGAAGAAGGGUCCCAAAGGGGGCCAUUGGCUGACAGUUCUGGGGCUCACUACCCCUCUUCCAGGUUACACCCACAAUCAUAUAAAUGCUUAGGACUCAAGAGGCCCUGCGGAUCACAGAACUGCCUGGCUGAGCUCAUGACAAAUUGGAGUCUGGUUUUCAACAACCCUGUAGGAGCUAAAGUUAGACCUAGGCUGGCUUACACCCCUUUCCACCCCACAGACACAGGCGGGUGAAUGAGUAGAAGAAGGUUAGCUGGGGGCAGUCUAGGUUUCCUUAUGGCAGCAAGCCUGCCAGAGUGAUGUGUGAAUGUGUGAGAUGCUGGUGUGAUGAAGGGGAGAAGAUGAAAGUGCCUAACCCUCAAGUCAAGGAGAUUGCUUUCUGGUCCUGAUGCUGAUGCUGGUCCUGAUGCUGAUGCUGAUGCUGGUCCUGAUGCUGAUGCUGGUCCUGAUGCUGAUGCUGGUCCUGAUGCUGAUGCUGGUCCUGAUGCUGAUGCUGUGCUCAUUUCUUUCUCACUCUAAAACAGUCAGUGGCUCCCUAUUGAAUACAGGUUCAAAGUCCUCCGUUAACAGUCAAGGCCUCUCUGGUCUGAGGCUAGCUGCCUCUCCGGUACUGUGUGUCAUGUGAUUUUAACCACAGGUUGUUUUCAUUUCCUACUUCUACGAGCUUCUCAUCUCCAAAUCUCUCUCUUAAGGCACUUAUCUGAGAGCCCAUACACUACCAGGUUGUUCAUAGCCCUCCUCAAGCCAGACUGGCCUCGUGUCAUCAUUCAUAGCUAGCCUGAGCAUCACUUUUGUCCCUAACUUACUCUAGUGCCUACCAGGUGGGACAUCUUUGAGACAGGACCUUGUUAUCCCCAAAUUUCCAAAGCUCCCCUGGCCUUAGGCAAUCUGCAUAGCACAAGCCCAGUCAGAAAAAUGAAUGAAUGAAUGGAUGGAUGGAUGGAUGGAUGGAUGAAUGAAUG